AUAUUCCAAAAGAGACUUCCCUUUACUUUUAAGGCCAAAAGAAGAAGCUAGCAUUAAACAGCUCCCUCUUUAGGCCUUUUUCUCUAUAAUUCCCUCUCCUAAAACUCAAAACAAAACAAACCAAAAGCCAAAAACAAUGACGAAACGUUUGCUCCUUUGUUACAGAAGAAUGCUUCAUUUGAAUAUGAAAAGGAAAAUCAUUUGCAAAUUCACAAUCCUACACAAAUAUUUUAGUUCAUUUUGGAACAAAAUUCUUGCUUGUUGGAUAGGUAAGUCUAUUAAUUAUAGACAAUUGUCACAUAAUCAAUCUUUUCCGAGCACCACCACCACCACCAUGAAUAUGGCUUCUCCGCCGUUGUCCGCCGUCGCGAGUUCGGAGAGUGGAUUUUCGGGGAGUUUAGCAUCUACAUGUUGUUGUGAUCAUUCUAAGGAUUCGUCUGAGGAUGUUGUUGCUUUGAAGAUUAGCCUUUUGGGUGAUAAUCAAAUUGGCAAGACAUGUUUCUUGACAAAGUAUGUAGGAAAGGAGAAAGCAGCAGAUGAAGACUUUUCAACAAAAGGGUUAAAUCAGAUGGACAAAACUUUGUGUGUGAGAGGGACAAGAAUCUCAUAUAGCAUUUGGGAAGUUAAAGAUGAUGUUUCUGCCCCAACUAAUAUUCCAAUGGCUUGCAAGGAUUCUGUUGCUAUGUGUUUUAUGUUUGAUCUCACAAGUCGCUGUACACUCAAUAGUGUCAUUAGCUGGUAUCAACAAGCACGCCAAUAUAAUCAGGCAGCAAUUCCUGUAAUGAUAGGGACAAAGUUUGAUGACUUUGUGAAAUUGCCAUUGGAUCUGCAGUGGACAAUUGCAAGUCAGGCAAGAGCAUAUGCAAAGGCAAUAAAUGCAACACUAUUUUUCUCAAGUGCAACCUACAAUAUCAAUGUGAAUAAGAUCUUCAAGUUCAUUACAGCAAAGCUCUUCAAUUUGCCAUGGACAUUGGAGCGUAACCUUACCAUUGGAGAACCAAUUAUUGAUUUUUAGGUUUUCUCUUCAGUUGUGUAAUUAAGAAAAAGAAAAAAAAAAGAGUUUGCCUUUUUAUAUUAGUUGUAGAUAUGAGAGAAUCCAAAAAAAAAUCAGAGAGAAAGAAAUGAUUCACAUAGUCAACCGGUCACUGGAAAUUGUUUCAACCAGUGAAAAUUCGGGUUGUCUUCAUAUGACAUUUUUAUGCAUUGGAGAAAUUUCAAUUUUCUUUUUCUCAUUUC